AUGGUGCAGUCGCUCAACAUUGCAGGAAUAAAGUCAGCGUUCCUCCUGUUGCGCCGCCCGCAACUACUGCUGCCACACAUGGCCGUCUCCGACAUUCGCUCGAUCCCAUUCGACGAGAUGCGCCAGAACGGCAUCAAAUACCUGGUAUUCGACAAGGACAACUGCCUCACUGCGCCGUACGCCGACCAUAUCCACCCGGACUUUCAAAGUGCAUGGCAAAAGUGCAAAGAUGUAUUCCCGCACAACCGCAUUCUCAUUGCGUCCAACUCUGCGGGCACGCCGGACGACGCCAAUUGCAAAGCUGCCAAGAGCGUCGAGCUGGCACUGGGCGUACCGGUACUGCGCCACCAAGUUAAAAAGCCCGCCUGCGGCCCGGAGAUAAUGGCUCAGCUCGGGGCCACGGAUCCACGAGAGGUUGCGAUGAUCGGCGACCGUCUGGCCACAGACAUUGUACUCGCCAAUAUAAAUGGGUUUUUGGGCGUGUGGACCCAGGUCAUUAUCACUACAAAGGGCGAUAACGCGGCUGCUGCCGUGCUGCGCAGGAUGGAGCACGCACUGUACGAUAUCCUGCACAGGUACGGAUUCGAAGCGCCGUCACACCCUCUGAACAAAUGA